CGGCGGCUGUUGUGGUCUUUGCUUUGCUGAUAAGUCUGGCUAGCAGGCCAUGGCGUUGCGAUGUCGAUCACUGGUGUCCCUCUUGUUAACCCUUUUCCCGCCAAGUGCAUCAUGGACAGCUGUCCGGCCUACAUUGCACUCGCCGAGCAGUUCAACAAGAAGCAACCAAUUUGCCUCAUCUGUAGUCCGGCCGCAAUUUCCCGCGGUGUGGAGUCGGCGGGCAUGCCGAUCGAGAGGGGCGUUGAGGAUGGGAGCAGGGAAGGAUGAUAUAGAGGAAGAAGUAAGGGAGAUGAGGGCAUCGAAGAUCAAGCUAGCGUUAGAAGAGAUGAGCGUGCCCACCACGGGCGUUUUUGAGAAAGAAGGCUUGGUGCAGCUUCUCGUAGCGGAGAAAAUCCGCCGUCUUGGCGACACGCAGCAGCCGCCCCCACCAGCUCCAACACCCUCGCCCUCGUCCCAAGACAAGCGGGCGUCGUACGAGGGAGG